CAUCCACCAAGCAUGUCUUUUGGCUGAACAACAACGAAUUCCCACCCCAGGUGGCGGGAUGAGGCUCUUCUUGAUCAGGCACGGCGAGACCGUCGAUAAUGUUGCAGGGAACUACGCCGGUACAACAGAUUCCGCCCUCACCAAUCACGGUGUCCUUCAAGCCAAUCGUCUUGGAUCACAUUUUUCUGCGACAGACAUUCGUGUCACACAUAUCUUCUCUUCCGACCUCAAACGCGCGUUCAGAACCGCUGAAGCAAUUCGCGAAGCUCAAGAUCCUGCACCCUCGAAGACGACGAAACUCGAGAUAUUGCGAGAGCAGGACUUUGGGUUCUAUGAAGGCAAACAAUUCUUCGAGCGGCCGAAGGAAGGGAACAAGACUGGGAAAGACGCACAUCUUGAAGCUCAUCGUGACGAGCCUGGUUUCCAAGAUGUAGAGAGCAAGGAGAGUAUGAAGUUACGAAUGGAGACAUUCGUCGAUGAUCAUCUUGUCCAGUUGCUACAUGAGGUUGAAGCACAUCAUUCUGUGGUCGUUGUCGCACAUGGGAUAAUCCUGAGUCAUCUGUGGAGAUUACUGUUGAAGAGAUUUCCUCCUGGAAAUGUGGCCGUGCUGCCAGGUGUGCAAGCUGCAGAGAGGGGAUUCAGUUUGGAGUACCUUGGCGGGUGGUCCAAUACAGGCUACUUGGAGCUGGAAGUCAAGGCGAAGCAGGAGAAAGUUCACGAACACACUGCUAAGGGCGAAGAAUCAUCAUUGCCUUCUAAAGCCAAUUUGCCUGAACUCGAGUCGAACUCUGAUCCUGCAGAAGAACCAAUGCCAUCCACAUCCACCGCAGAGCUGUGUAUCGAAGCUUCGAAUGUUCCCCAGAAGCCGUCAAUACCGCCUCCUCUCCCAGUCAACGCACCACCUGCGCCCUCGAAACUGCUCAACAUGUCACUUCUCGUGAUGGCAGUGAACAGUCAAGUACAUCUGAAGGGUCUGAAGAAGACCCGUGGUGGCAUUGGAAAUUUGAAACACGAUUCCAGUCAGAAGACUAUGGACUCGUUCUUCAAGAAGCGAAGACUCGAGUAAGCUCUGGGUGCACGACGACGCCUUGAAGAGAUGCCCGCGCGAAUAUACCAAAGGAAAUAUACGUGUUUAAAAGCUUAUCUGGGUAAGUCUUGUCUUUUUUCUUUACGAGCCCAUUCCAAGUGACAUGAUGAUAAAACCCAUUC